GGGACUGUCUGGUUGCGAAGGUAGUGGUCGUGGUUAUUUGCUGUUAGAAGACGCAAAGUGUUUCCUCCAGAGCUUCUCCACGGCCAGGCUUAGUAAAAUAAAUUGGCUUAUUUAUUCGUCAAGCUCGUUGUGGGCGACUCAUUUCUGUUUUUACAUGAUAUUACCGCCAACUAGUCUCAAAGGUGAGCCUACUCUGCUCUGAACAUAAUAGAGACACGAAAUUACAAUGCCAUCCCCAAUGGAGGGAUCUUCCAGAGAAGGUGACCUGUUUACUGUGAAACACGAGCUGAAAAAUGCCAACUUGACCGGCCAUAUUGAGAGGGUGGGGAUCGAAAACUUUGAGCUGUUAAAGGUGCUGGGCACAGGAGCAUAUGGGAAGGUGUUCUUGGUGAGGAAAGUGAGUGGCCAUGAUGCUGGGAAGCUGUACGCCAUGAAGGUGUUGAAGAAGGCGACUAUUGUACAGAAAGCAAAGACCGCUGAACACACACGGACAGAGCGGCAGGUGCUGGAGCACAUCCGCCAGUCUCCGUUCCUUAUCACGCUUCACUAUGCCUUCCAGACCGACACCAAGCUGCACCUAAUUCUUGAUUAUGUAAAUGGGGGGGAACUUUUCACACACUUGGUGCAGAGGGUGCGGUUUAAGGAGCAAGAAGUAGCACUGUACAGCGGAGAAAUUGUCUUGGCACUAGAACAUCUCCAUAAGCUUGGAAUUGUCUAUCGGGACCUAAAACUCGAGAAUAUUCUACUGGAUUCAAAUGGUCAUAUAGUUCUUACAGAUUUUGGCCUAAGUAAAGAAUUUGAUCAGGUUGAGAGGGCUUUCUCUGUCUGCGGCACUAUUGAAUACAUGGCUCCAGAAAUAGUUGAAGGGGGAGAUUCUGGACAUGACAAGGCAGUAGACUGGUGGAGCCUUGGUGUAUUGAUGUAUGAGCUCCUGACCGGGGGAUCGCCCUUUACUGUUGAUGGAGAUGAAAAUUCCCACUCAGACAUUGCAAAGAGGAUUUGCAAAAAGGACCCUCCUUUCCCCAAAGACAUGGGACCACUGGCCAAGGACCUAAUCCAACGACUCCUUGUCAAAGAUCCAAAGAAGAGAUUAGGGUCUGGUCCGAAUGGAGCAGAGAAUGUGAAGAAACACCCGUUUUAUCAGAAAAUUAACUGGGAGGACUUGGCUGCAAAAAAGGUACCUGCACCGUUCAAGCCAGUGAUUCGGAAUGAGCUCGAUGUCAGUAACUUUGCAGAAGAGUUCACAGAAAUGGACCCCACUUACUCCCCUGCAGCGCUGCCUCAGAACUGUGACCGCAUUUUCCAGGGAUAUUCUUUCAUGGCCCCUUCCAUCCUGUUCAAGAGGAAUGUGGUGAUGGACGACCCGAUCCAGCUGUGUGGGGGCUCUGAGAGGCCAGGCUCUGCCGCCGUGGCCCGCAGCGCCAUGAUGAAGGACUCUCCUUUUUACAUGAGUUAUGAGAUGGACCUGCAGGACAGUGUUCUCGGAGAGGGUAGCUUCUCCAUCUGUCGACGCUGCACACACAAAAAGACUGGACAACAAUAUGCAGUCAAGAUAGUCAGCAAGAGGAUGGAGGCACAGACUCAGAGGGAAAUAGCAGCCUUGAAGCUCUGUGACGGCCAUCCAAACAUUGUGAAGUUACAUGAAAUUUACCACGAUCAGCUCCACACAUUCCUGGUUCUGGAACUACUCGGUGGAGGGGAGUUGCUGGAGAGAAUCCGGAGGAAGCAACACUUCAGUGAAACAGAAGCUAGCCGCAUCAUGCGCAAACUGGUUUCUGCUGUCAGUCACAUGCAUGAUGUAGGAGUGGUGCACAGGGACCUUAAACCAGAGAACCUGCUCUUCACGGACGAGAGUGAGAACUCUGAGAUAAAAAUCAUAGACUUUGGCUUUGCACGUUUAAAGCCACCAGACAAUCAGCUGCUGAAGACUCCCUGCUUCACCCUGCAGUAUGCUGCCCCAGAGAUCCUCAAAUAUAAUGGCUAUGAUGAAUCCUGCGACCUGUGGAGUCUGGGGGUCAUUCUGUACACCAUGCUGUCUGGACAGGUGCCUUUUCAGUGUCAGGAGAAGAGCCUGACCCACACCAGUGCUGAGGAGAUCAUGCACAAAAUCAAACAAGGAGAUUUCUCGUUUGGAGGUGAGGCCUGGAGAAAUGUAUCCCCGCAGGCUAAAGACCUGAUACAAGAGCUGCUGACGGUGGACCCAGACAAGAGGAUUAAGAUGUGCGGUCUGCGCUACAACGCCUGGCUGCAGGACGACAGCCAACUGUCCUCCAACCCACUCAUGACCCCCGACAUCCUUGGCUCCUCAACCGCCUCUGUCCACACCUGCGUCAAAGCGACAUUUAAUGCAUUUAACAAAUGUAAGCGGGAGGGUUUCCGCCUACAAACAGUGGACAAGGCGCCACUGGCCAAGAGGAGGAAAAUGAAAAAGACAAGUACCAGCACGGAGACCCGCAGCAGUUCCAGUGAGAGCACCCAUUCCUCUUCCUCCUCCUCCCAGUCUCAAGAGAAGAUAUUAACAGAGGGUGACCCCAAUCCACCACCUUCCAACACACCAGGGACCGAAGAAACAGACUGUGGAGACCAGACAGCACUUUCAGCCUUUCGCUUUUCAGAAGGACAGCAGCUUUCUGUCUCUGGCUCUAUUGCAUGUACGUCUGCAUGUCACCAGAACCAAGCAUGCAGCAGGAGCAGCGGCUUGCACCGUGAUAUCAAUCAAUCAGUCAUCAUUAGCAAUAGCCUCUGUGUUCUUUUUCUCUGACUUUCACACUUCCUCUGAACCAAUCAGGGACUGGACUAGGUGUCAUGGUUGUCUUAAGGGCUGUCCUGCUGUCCCCGGUUCAGGAAGAUGGAAGGGAGAGACAUCUUUAUUCUCGUCAUUAAAAACUCCCAACCUCGGUCCUCUCCUCGUUCUCUGUAUUUGUCCACGUCUCUAGGCGUCUUUAAAGGGAAACCUGUAGUAUUUAAACCAUGGAGGCUUUGUAUUUUUUGUCAAAGGGAGAGAAGAUAUUUAACAAAACAUUGGGUCAGAUCGCUUCAUUAAGAAGUCUCUGUGAGAUGGAGCUUUUAUUUAUAUGUGAAUUUUAGAGUGUAAUGUAUUUAUGAUAAUCUGUACUGUUAACUUAUUUAUGGUUCCAAAUGAGCCCGAAUAGAAAUAAUGGAUACAGCGAGUCUUUAAAAACAUAUUUUUGUGUAAGUACGGUUCCUUAAUAGCGGGUAAUCAAUAUCAUGGACAAACAAAUAGCCAACGCUGUUGUCACUUUUUAGAAAAAUGUAUGCAUAAAGAUUAAAGAAGCAAAGAUGUAAACAUUUUAGGAAACAACCCAAUGUGUUUUGUAGUUUCUGCCAAAUCCAAGCAUUUAUUGUCAUCUUGAGAACUCUGCAGCCUGCAGGGAUGCGACCCUGAGAACAGAGCCUAAUUUAGAGUUGUUCUUUCCAAUGUGGGAGUACUUCAAAACUUAGCAUGGCUGCUUCUCUACAUGGUCCUAUCCUCAGGUCAGCAGCAUUUAGCACAUGCGGGGAUUAUCCUUGGCUUGCACUGUGUAAGACUUAAAUGUGUCCUCCCCACUACAGCCAAUUAGAUCUUUGGUGGCCCAAAUUAAAAUGUCACAUCCGCUCAAUGUGAGAUGCAGUAGAGCUUUCUCUGAUUGAGGAUUUGAAUGGGCAGUUUCAAGUGGUCUCCUGUUCAGAAAUAACGAAAUGCAAUUAAUCAGUAACAGGGAGGUUGUUUGUGUGUGCCAAAACUGCAGCUGAAUCAAGUAAUGUCCGGUUUCCAGCUAUGAGUGUAGAGGUGGUUAUAUUUCAGGAGACUGUGGAGCAAAAAAAUAUGUUGAUUUCUGAAAAGUCUUAAAAUUAUUUUAUGUCUGACAAAGCUCAGAUUUGUCCUCAUCUUUGAUGCUGUCCUUGCUCUACCAUGUCCCAUUGGAUGUCUGAAAUUAGGAACUGUGCAGAGAUUUGGUUAGUGCUAAGUUUCCAGUGCAUGAUAUAAUGUGAACUGAAACAUAAACCACUUAUAUCCUUUUGUAUUUAUGGCCUUUAAGACACAGUCCUACAUGAUUUAGCGUGAGUGUGUUUAAUUGCACAUUUAUAGGCCCUGAUUUAAUUUGAGACUUUAUUUAUUUGUUAUAAAUGUACUUAAUCCCCUUUUUACCGGAGAUGCACUGAUUUGAGUGAGUGGUUGAUUUACCAUCUCCUGUUUUUGUAAAGCUUUGACCUUCCAAUUUUAGCUGAUUAUUCUUUAAGAGCUAAUGUAUAAGAAGUAAUGAAAAUAUAUUUUUGUAGCUUUCCUGUUGUGAGGGAUUAUCAACGUUUUUACUAUUAUUUAAAAAUAAAAACAAAAUGACUUCUGAUUUGAAAUGUUAAGCUCUUUUUAGUGUCUUAUAUUUGGGAUAAGCAUAGUUAGCAUGGCCACCAUUACAAAACAACUGUCUCUUGGUGUAAUUCCCAUGAGAAUGUAGACCCUUACAUGAACUUUGGUAUAUCUAGAAGGCUGCCAACAUUUCCAAAUUUAGCAUUUCCCUAACAGACAGAGCUUUAAAGCUCAAAAUGAUCAAACAGAGCAAGUUUUCUGUGUUGUGGUCACCCUUCCUGUUACUUGCGCAAAGUCUUGCUCUCUCUUGCUCUGUUGCAAAUGAGAACAACUGACUCUUGUUGAAAAGAGACGAAUCUUAAAUCUUUCUUGGUCAGCUCAGCUGAUAAUGCAUGCAGGCAAAGGUGGAACUUGACUUUGAUAAUCAUUCGACCAGUCGACAGACAGACUAUCAUUGCAUUAAGUGACAAUGAGCGGGGUGGUAUAGAACCAGAUACACAGAGGGACAGAAAGAGAAGAAGCCAGAUUCAGUCUUUGAAGGGUCUGACUGCUGAUGUGUCUCGGCAUGUCAUUAAAAAUAUGUUUUUUUCACUUUUAAAGAGCCACUUAAAUGUCUGUUCUUCCUCUGUCUUCGUAUUUUAAAAAGCUUACUGCUACUGAAAAUAGCUAAAUUUGAAUCUACUUCACUCCGUCACCACAUCUUCUCCGAAGAGUGUUGUUGUUUAUAUGACCUGGUAGCACUUAGUAUGGUGCAUUCUAUGAUUGGAGAAAAGGCUGGGAUUUUUGAGAUUCCCCUUGCUUAGGGCCGAUUAAGGUAAAAAUCGUCCGAUUCCGGUCGCUAGUUAAUUACUCGGUGCAUCUCUACUUUUCACCCUUGCCUAAAUAUUAUAAUGUCCCAAUGUUACAGUCGCUAUAGUUUGACUGUUUUAGCAACCUGCUGUGUUAGUUAUGUCUCUCUUUCUACUAAUAACUGAAAUACUGUAUUUUGUUGAUUUAUAUACAGGGGUACUGGAGGUCAGAUGUGAAAUAUAAAUCCUGAGGUUGA